GGCCGCUCAUGGCCGCCGCCCGCUGCGUAGCUUGCAGCGACGGACGGGACUGGCACGGCGGGACACAGCCCGCACGGCGGGACACAGCUCGCACGGCGGCACCGGCACGGCGGGACACAGCCCGCGGAGAGAAUUCACAGGAAUAGCAGCCGUGUGUUCGUCCCAAGGGGAGAAGAGAAGAAACGCGCUGGAGCUUCCACCAAGAAUUCCUGCGGAUUAAGCGAAUGAGAUCCCUAAGUUUGGUCAGCAGUACUGUCAUUUGAACAAACCGAGGGUGAUCUUCACAGAAACUCCUAAAGGCUUCAAAGAACUCAUUCUAGGCAAAAUAACUAAGUUGUUCUGAUAAAGUAAAAUGGAUCCUUGUUCAGUUGGAGUUCAGCUUCAGUCUACCAAUGAGUGCCAUAAGACCUAUUACACCCGCCACACUGGCUUCAAGACUAAACAAGAUAUAUCUUCAUCUGACCUCCUGCUGCUUCAGCUUAGGACUGGAAUAACCCUGUCAGAGAACAAUACCAUCUGCUUCCACCAUGCAAAAAUUUACAUUGAAAGAUUUGAAGACUUACAAAAAUCCUGUUGUGAUCCCUUCAACAUACACAGAAAACUAUCAAAGAAAAGCUUGCGAGCAAUUGACUUAGAUGAUGCAGCUUUUUUAAGUGCCAAGUUUGGAAGACAGUUUGUUCCUGGUUGGAAGCUUUGUCCCAAAUGUAUGCAGAUAAUAAAUGGAAGUGUGGAUGUGGACCCUGAGGAGCGACAAAGAAGAAAACUGGAUCCAGACGGGCGUACAGCUAAGGCUUUAAAGUCUCUCCAGUUUGCUAACCCAGGACGUCAGACUGAAUUCACUCCAGAGACCAGUAAAAGGGAAAAAAGAAGGCUGCAAACAAAAAUCUCAGUGUUUAAUUCAGACAGGCAAGUUAUACCGGCCAAGAGUAAGGUGUACGACAGCCAGGGCCUGCUGCUGUACAGCGGGAUGGACCUGUGUGACUGCCUGGAUGAAGACUGCCUGGGCUGCUUCUACGCCUGCCCCAAGUGCGGCUCCAACAAGUGCGGCACGGAGUGCCGCUGUGACCGCAAGUGGCUCUACGAGCAGAUCGAGAUAGAGGGGGGAGAGAUCAUCAGAAAUAAGCACGUUGGGUAGUGUGUGUGUGCGUUAGUUUCUCCUGGCUGGAUGGGCCGUGCUUUGGUUAAACACAGCACAUUCAGCAUUUGGUGAUUUAAUGGAAGCUGUUGGGAUUUGUCAUGAUCCACAUGAGGAAUGUGCUUCUUUCACGGUCAUUUUCAGUGUGAUUAAGGACAUAAGCACACUGCUGUCUUUUCACGCUUGAGUGUGAGUUAUACUCAAGGCUUCUUAGUCAUCUGGGUUAGAUCUCACUGAACAACUGUAUUCAAGUACAAGGUGCGGAAUCCUAACGUGAUCUGUCCUGAACCACUCACUAUUCUUUCUCAUACAUUGUUUCAUAGAGUGUACCAUCUCCAUGUAUCCCUCAUUUCUACUUCUCAAAUUCAGGAUCUCAUGGGUUUUAAUCUGUUCUAUGUGAAAUGCCAUGGAAGUUCUCAGUGAAUUUACAUACAGUAUUAAUAAAGCUCUCUUUCUAGUAUUAAUAGUGAAUACCGUAUCUUCUAUAGCAUAUUGAAGCUACACCUCAUAAAUCUAAUCCUGUUCACUUAAAAAGAAGUCAAAACCAUUUAGGUGUUCAGAUCUCAUCUCAGUUACUGGGAUUUGAGAUCAAGUUAUCCUUAUGAAUUCAUAAGAAUAUGAAUUCAUAUUAAUUAAAUAUUCAUUCAUAUUAAAAUACUGAAAUUAACCUGUCACGGCCUUGUGUUAAAGUAUUACUCAUUACUUUGUUGGUUCUGUAGAACAAAAUUGAAAUGAUUUUGCUCUGUUAUCAGUCAGUUCAGUAAUUGGACUGGACCAGUACUUCAACAGCCCUCUCGCCAUUUCUCUUUUCACUGAUUUUAAAGGUUUAUAUGCAGCUGAAAUGAGCCUGAGUGUCUGUUUCCAAACCAAGGUUGUGUCUGUUUCCAAACCAAGGUUAUCUAGACUGUUACCAAAAAAACCCAGCUGAAUGGAAAGUGUCUUUGGUUGAUGCAGUAUCUGUCCUCAUAAUAUUCAACUUUUACACUAUAACAAGAUUUGUUGAAAAGAUUUUAUAAAUGAAGCGUUAGUUACAUUUUUAUUCUCUGUAUUUUUGUUGUGUUUUGUAUAAAUUUCCUAUUCUUUGGAUCUAUGGAAGAUCUGCAUGUUUGUUGAGUCACCUUUUUUCAAUAAUACUGUUAACUUCUUGCAGACUUACUUGGUAAAGUUGUAUAAUCUUGCUACGUGCUCAGCAGAUUUUUUCUGUUCUGGUGUCAUGAAUGUUGCAUUGCCAAGAUCAAAGUUAUGCUUUGAGUUAUGCUGACAUCUGCUGGUCCUGCUGGAGUAUAAGCACUGAGCUGCACAUUUUUAUUAAGUCUGUUACAAAAAUAAUCAGAUCCUUUGUUUUUUUCCGUCAGAGCAUCGUCAGUCACUGCAGUGGAUGUCUCUCACUGCUUCAUCUCUUAAGCAAUCUUUUGAAUUAGGUGAAAAUAUAAACAAGUAACUUCCACGAGAGUAAGAUGGGAAAAGCUGGUUGAGUCAUGUCAUUCACACACGUUUAUUGUUUUUUUUUUUUUAAUUAUAUCAGUGUUGGCAGUACCCAUUGUUAAUAAACUUAACAGGCUUCCAUGUGUAUGAUGAGUGUAACCACUUCAGGCUCAUAGCCAGAUUUUGGAUUCAGUAACUACCAGUAACUUCAGUUGCCUAGAGAAUCUUAUUUUUCUGGUAAAAAAAAUGACAUUUUGGUGUUGGCUGUUCACAUGUCCUCCCAACACAUUUAGGACACUUCCCUUUAGCUGCAUUUCCUUAACAUGACUAGGCUGUAGUGUAUUACUAAGUUCAGUAGCAUGUUUUUAUACAGUUCCACAUGCUCCACAACCAUUUUUCUCUUAAAAGAUGUUGUUAUGAGUUAAACUUUAUCAUCUUGCUAGAUUUAAUCUGCUUACAGCACGAAUUUCUCUUUUUGCUGUUUUUAUAAACACCACACAAGCUAUUUUGUCAUCAUCUAAAGUGAGUGCUUGUGACUCCCAGCAGCACAGGUUCUUCCCCAUCUGCCAGAAUUACUCAUAAUUAAGCCUCUUGAACAGGACAUUAUUUUAAUAAAGCCAAAGGAAACAACUACUUUCCAUAAAAUCCAAAAUUCAUAACCACUUUAAGCCCUGCAUGCAAUGAAGGUGACUGCAGGUGUACCUCAGUGGCUGUAUUAAAACUUUCCUUUUGGGAAGAGUUGCAAAAUUUUGUGUCUUGGCAAAGUUUACAUAUUCAAGAGACAAAAAUCAAUGACAAUAAAAGACUCUGGUUUAUGAAGAAUGCAUAUCCCAUGAAUCAGUUUGAGUAUAUUGAACAGAAACUCCAGAAUUUGAAGUGUCUUGUAAGAAACUAAGGAGCCCUUAACACUCUACUUUCUCACACAGAGCAAACUUCAAGUUUAGAAUAUGGUCAAAUUUAACAUCUUCAAAAGUCAGUGAGGGUUCUUCUGUUGACCCUGUGAGAAUUGCCACACAACCCUGUGGUCAGACCUGAGCUAGGAUGUGCCCCUUUGUGGACCCAAAAGUUAAAAAACAAUUAAGUAUCCCUUAAUUAUUUGUGUUAAAUACUCAACAGUAUAGUGCAGUCAGGUAAUUAACUCAGAGAAGGUGUACAUUACUUCUUCAGUAUGAUGCUCCAAAAAGACAUUUAUCUUUGGGAGUGUGUUACGAUCUUAUCCUUAGACACAGCAUGAAUCUGUGGGUUUUUUUUAAUCAGUAAAAUUCAUUACUUCAGUAACUAACAUAAGACAACUUCUAACUUUUGAACCUUUUACCAUUCAAGACAUCAGAAACAGCUGGAACUGGACAGACCUACACAAAGAGAUUGUAAUUUUGUAAAUCCACAAGUCAGAAUUAAAACUUCUAAAUAAAAAGAAGAAAACAGUUAAGGUGACGAAUUUUUACCUAUUUUAGAUCUGUUUUAAUGUUCCUUUUAGCCUUUUCUCAUAGACAUUUCUGAUAUUAGCCAGAAUGGACCAAUAGACAAGUGCACAAAGCUCUCACAGAAAUCCCAUAGUGACAGAGCUCCAGAGAGAUAAGUGAACAUCUGUCACUUGGUGUGUGCCAGAAGCAGCUACAGGUAGCUGCAGUCAGCAUCAAGGCCUUAGAGCUCUUGGUCUCAUGACAAAACACAAACACAUGAUUUCCAGUUUUAAUUUGUUUUCCCCUAAAAUUAGAAUUACUUUUAUCAUACUUGUGUCUCAAUAAAUGCAGCAUUUUUCAGCUGAUCUCUCA